CACACAGAAACAGGAGGCACACUGACUAUUUUUACCAAACUUCAACAUGCCUUUCCACCACCAAUCAGAGCCUGUACAUUCUGAAUACUUCACCAAGAUAGGAAAACAAGAAUUUUAUUUUAACGGGAUAACCCAUGUUAGAAUGCUUGCUGCUAUUCUCACAAAGUGCCAGCCAAUUUCUUUGGAAAAUACUUGAUGCUGAGACAUUCUUCAUUUGGGGACUGGUACAUUUCCCACAUUACACAAAAAAAUCGGCCUGUGAAGCAUCGGGACACAGAAAGGAUGUCAAGAAGGAGUGCGAGGUUGCAAUCGCGUGGAAGAGAAAAUGAAAAUGAAGAGAACAUCCGGAUUGCAUGCAGAAAACGGAAAGCUGAUGAAGACGAUCAUCGAGAUAUGGAAGUAUGUAAGCGAAGGCAACAGUUUCAAAUCCAAAACCAAUGGAUUCCCAUCUCAGAAAGCACGUCUGUUCCAACAUGUACCAUCAUACCCACCAAGGACCAGACCCCACCCUCUUCCACCGGACAUUCCACCCCACAAGAGUUCUUCAUUGGCUCACAGUUCAGAUUUCAGAACUACUUCACCACCCCAGUCAAAUCACGCCUCUCCCCUCUGCCCAAAUUCAGCUGGGCCGACUCAAAAGAAGUAUGGCAGCUAAUGAUGAAGAAAGACCUGGCAUAUACCCGAGAUCACCAAAUGUUUGAUCGUCACCCGUGUUUACAGCCUCGCAUGCGAGUCAUUCUCCUAGAUUGGUUAAUAGAGGUCUGUGAAGUGUACAGGUUACACAGGGAGACAUUUUACCUGGCUGUUGAUUACAUAGAUCGGUACCUGUCCACGCAAAGGAACAUCAUGAAACAUCAACUACAGCUUAUAGGAAUUACUGCGUUGUUAAUAGCUGCUAAAUUAGAGGAAAUUUACCCUCCUAAAUUAUCAGAAUUUGCUGAUGUCACUGAUGGUGCUUGUACAGAAAAUGAGAUUCUAACCCAAGAACUAGUCAUGCUAAAGGCGUUAAAGUGGGGAUUGUCUCCCAUGACCGUCAACUCCUGGUUAAAUGUUUACCUUCAAGUGGCCAAUUUAGAACAAAUCACAGAAAGCGAACAUGGAUUUGUUUUCCCACAAUACUCCGCACAUGCGUUUGUUCAGAUUGCUAGGUUGACCGAUCUCUGUAUGCUGGAUCUGGGCUCCGUUCAGUUUACAAACAGCGUCUUGGCAGCAUCAGCUCUGUAUCACAUGUCUUCAGAGAGCAUAGCAUUAGCAGUCUCAGGUUUGAACAUGACAGACAUCAUGGCCUGUGUACAGUGGAUGGCCCCUCAUGCUAUCACCAUAAGGGAAGCUGGAUCCACAGAACUGAAGUUCUUUCCCACAAUUCCUCCAGAGGAUGCACACAAUAUACAGACUCAUGCUGUGGAUGUGACUAUGCUGGAGAAGGCACAGUCUCGAAAGGAAGAUAUGUUUGUGUUUGAUAGUCAGAGAAGUAGUCCAGACUUCAGCACACAGAUCCCUGGUAUUCUUACGCCACCACAAAGCAACAAGAAAGACAUGGAGGAGCAGCGAAGAGCAUUAAACAUGAACUCCACGUGAAACAUAUAGGCCAGUUAUAGGUUAUCAAAUUUCCAUUUUCAGGCUCAGUUAAAUGGAAAUGCUGCAAUACUAUUAAGCAAUUCCAUUGUAAAACUGAUGCUUGUAAAUGCAUAAUGUGCAAUCGCAUUCCAAUGUCUGACUGUUGUCAGCUGCGCAGAUAUUAACUCUGAAGGUAACAAAGCUGUCUUGCGGCACUUCUGAGGAACAUGAAGGCAAAAGACAGUUGAUUGGUUGUUUUCAUUUGUCAGUUGUCUAUACCGAUGAUUGUUCACAACGCAGAGGAAGUUGUCAAGUAUUGGAUGAUGUGAUCAUGUGACAAAGUCCCAAAGACCGGCUUGAGUUGUUUGAUGUAAGAAUUUAUUACCCAUGAGAUAUGGUCCAAGUUGGCUGGUAAAAGAACACAAUGAAGGCUAGUUUUGUUUGGUGUCUUCCAUGGAGUAAUUACUGUAUGUAGUGACAUGCGGAUGACAACACAAGGUGUGUUCACAGGUCUUAUACGGCUGUUUUCUGUUUACAGUGUGAAGAAAACUUAUUUCUACCAGUGUCUUUGUGGUUUUAAUCCACCAAGUGUAAUAAAUAUUGCAUGAAAUCAUUUGGAGCAAAGAAUCGCAUCCUUUCUUGGAUUUAAUUUUCACAUCAUAUAAUCAAAAGGAAAAAAUAAUGUUUUUGUUAGGAACUUAUCUAGGCACUGAAGAUAAUUAAAAUGACCAGUAUGAGAGUGGGAAACUUGAUUAUGAAUUUAAAGAUGUACAUAUCUCAUAGUCCACAAUUUUUUUUUCUUAUUUUACAAAUUGAAACCGGUCAAAUCAAAUGAAACAAAACAUUUUAUUGUCUAAUUGUAAUUUUGGAAUUAAACAUUAUUACGUGGAUUAUCAGUUUUGAACAGUUGUACGCGGUCUGAUCGAUUAAAUCCUAAAUCCGUAGCAGCAGUUAUUCCCUCUACAUCACCUUCUACAGAAGCCUCUAUUCAUUUUUUUUUAACUACCCACCAGUCUUCAUUUCAGUGUGUGCAUGGUUUGUGUUUUGGAUUUUUUUUUUUUUGCAUGUGGUAUUAUUUUGUUUGACAGUUGGGUGUGUCUUCUGUUAGUAUGGUGCAAUGAGAGCUGAAGGACAUGUAGACUUUCACUCCCCAGAUUAUCAGUCAUUGCCUUGCACCAGCAGGUCAUACAGACUUUGCUCUUAAGGCAACCAUUAUUUAGUAUUUAUGUCCUCCAAGUGUAUAUAUUCAUAUUGAUAUAAUACAUUUACAAAAUAAUAUAAUAAUAAAAAAAUGAAGUAGUGGGAAUCAUGCGUGUAUUUGAAGGGAAGUAGUUGUGUCCAGUGGAUGGCUUUGUCUCUUUUUUUUUUGUGUUUGUGAAUGACCAGUGUUUACAUAAAGAUGUCUUUUCACUGGGCUGUGAUUAUCUCCCCUUCUAAUCUGAACUUCCCAGUAAUAAGUUUGAAGGCUCUAUACUUGCCGCUUAGUUCAUUUCCUCAUGUAAAAUAUUCCAGCAUUUUCUUUUGUACAUUUUUGUCUCGUAAAAAUGAUUAUCAACUUAUUUAACAACAAAGUAUGUUUAUUUAAUGGAGAAAUUCAUUUAUGACCUAUGAACUUUUUUUUACACAGAAUAACCUGUUAUUUAACCCUUAUGUUCAAGAGUUUAACUACAACACAACUUGUGCUUAUUUAAUUUACGUGCAUGUCUUCACCUCUUACCAUUGUUUACCAUUUAUAUUAAGCCCAAAAACGUUUCAUUUGUUGUCAUGAUGAAGGGAGUGAUUACUUCAUGCCCUGUAUGUGUGCAGGCAAGCAGCAUUUUAUACGCAUAUUAAACCGACAAGUUAAUUGUUAACCACUUUUAUGUUACAUGUUAAUGUUGAAGACACAAACUUGUCAUUGUUUUGCAUAUAUCAGAACAUAUAUGUUAAAGGUGUAGUUCAUUUUUAAUGCACAUGUAUUGAUCUAUUGGGGAUAAUGAUAACCUGUCUACAUCUUUCAUUCCUGACAUUCCACCAGGAACUUUUACUUCUGAACAUUUUGAAGUGUGUCUCAAUGUCAGAAUGAAUGAAAU